AUGAUGAUGAAAGCCAUCCCACUCGCUUUGUCUUCUCUUUUUCUUGUCUGUGCUCGAGCACAAGAUCAGCAACAACCGCCACCGUGUGAUGUUUGCGUCGGAGGUGCCUUUGACGCUUCUCUUAGCUUUGGUGGCAUCCCGUGUUCCGACUGGCACGGCUUUGCCAGUACCACCACACCUGAUGGAGAAGAGGCGUGCUACUUGCAUCGAACAUCAGGGGCUCAUUUUUGUGGAUGCGCUUCCGAUCAGCAGUUUGAUACUUGCUAUCUUUGUGGUGAUGCCAAUAGCAAUGAAUACGCCAAUCUUGGGUUGGCCCUUCCUGAUUCGCCCGAUGGCGGCGGGUUGACAUGCAAAGAUAUUCUGGAAAUGCCCGAUACCGAUGAUGGUAUCACUUGUCCUCUUAUCCAAGAAAAAUACCAAAAGUGGUGUGGAUGCCCCAAUGCUGCCGACGACGCAGAACCGCCAUGUCCCUUUUGUGAAGGCGGUGGAGAGCCAAAUCCAGCUUUGGAAUUUCCAUUUGCGGAUGGCGGUCAAUCUUGUGCCGCAUUGAACGACUGGUACAAGGUUCAGACUGCCAAUGCGUGCCCCAAAAUUCGACAAGCGGACUCUUUGACCUAUCUGAUUGAUAUGCAAGCCUAUUGUGAAUGUCCUGGGCGUGAAGCCCCCAAAAUUUGCUCGGAUGUCUAUUGCCCCAGUGGCACAGGAAUACCCGCGGCCAAUCUGAGUAAGGUAUUGGAUGAAAACACUGGAAUUACUUGUGGAGAUAGUUCCUAUCUCCUGGAGAUGAUUCAGAGUCAAGCAAACUGUGACCUCCUGCUGUCCACGGCAGACCAAUGCUGCAAGACCGCAUCCGAAGUAUUUGUCGCCACUGCAACAACAUCAGCAGCAGCAACAACAAUCCUAAUGGCCUCUGUGAAAUCUUUGCUGGUAGUAGUUGUGCUGGGGUUGGCGCUGUGA